GUGGUGUACAACGCCGUGCACCGGGCCGUGUGGGACGCCUUCUGCGCCAACCGGAGAGCCGACCGCGUCCCCAUCUCCUUCAAAGUGCUCCCCGGCGACCACGAGUACCCCAAGUGCAGGACGAAGAGGACAUCCUAUGAGUGGUAUAUUCCAAAAGGAAUCCUGAAGACUGGUUGGAUGAACAAACAUCUGAAUUUGGUUCCCGCACUUGUUGUGGUGUUCUAUGAACUAGACUGGGAUGAGCCGCAAUGGAAAGAAAAACAGUCGGAAUGUGCUACUCGAGUUGAAAUUGUCAGGCAAAGUUUGCAGGGAAGAAAUACAAAAGUUGCUGUGGUUUUGAUUCAGAAAAAAACACCGUUACCUCCAGGGGAAGAUGUUAUUGCAUCAGAGAGGGCAGCGGCUUUAUGCAAUGCUUGUGACCUUUCUGGAAAAUCCCUCUUUGUGCUUCCACACACUGAUCAUCUCGUUGGUUAUAUUAUAAGGUUGGAAAAUGCUUUCUAUGAGCAUGCACAAACUUACUAUUAUACAGAAAUACGAAGAGUUAAAUCUCAUAAGGAGUUCUUGAACAAAACCACUCAUCAGCUUUUAUUUGUUAGACACCAGUUCAAAAUAGCAUUCUUCAGUGAGCUGAAACAGGAUACGCAGAAUGCUCUCAAAAAUUACAGAACUGCCUACAAUCUUGUGCAUGAAUUGAGGGCUCAUGAAACAAACAUGCUGGAAAUCAAGACCAUGGCAGGAUUUAUAAACUACAAGAUCUGUCGCCUCUGUUUUCAGCAUAAUACUCCACUUGAUGCCAUAGCUCAGUUCAGGAAACAUAUUGAUUUGUGCAAGAAAAAAAUAGGAAGUGCAGAACUGGCUUUUGAGCAUGCUGCCUGGAUGUCUAAACAGUUUCAGGCUUUUGGUGACUUGUUUGAUGAAGCGAUUAAGCUGGGAUUGACAGCAAUUCAAACUCAAAAUCCAGGUUUCUAUUACCAGCAGGCAGCCUACUAUGCACAGGAACGGAAACAACUAGCAAGCAUGCUUUGUAACCACGAUUCCUCUGUGAUAUAUCCCAAUCCGGAUCCCCUGGAAAUGCAAACUGGAGUGCUUGACUUCUAUGGGCAAAGACAAUGGCGGCAGGGAAUAUUAAGCUUCGAUCUUUCUGAUCCUGAAAAGGAGAAGAUGGGGAUUUUAUCCCUGCAGUUGAAAGAGAAAAAUGUUCUUCACUCGGAGCUAAUAAUCACUUUGUUGAGUAAUGCUGUCGCGCAGUUCAAGAAAUACAAAUGUCCAAGAAUGAAAAGUCAUUUGAUGGUUCAAAUGGGAGAAGAAUAUUACUUCGCUAAAGAUUAUGCCAAAGCUUUGAAGCUCUUGGAUUAUGUUAUGUGUGAAUAUCGCAGUGAAGGAUGGUGGACUCUUCUCACUUCCAUAUUGACGACAGCUCUUAAAUGUUCAUAUUUGAUGGCCCAGCUAAAAGAUUAUAUAACGUACUCUUUAGAGCUACUGGGUAGAGCAUCUACUCUUAAAGAAGAUCAGAAGUCUCGAAUAGAAAAAAAUCUGAUAAAAGUUCUAAUGAAUGAAAGCCCUGAUCCUGAACCUGAUUGUGACACUGCUGCUGUGAAAGCAUCACAAAAAUUGUGGGCUGACCGUGUUUCCUUGGCAGGCAGUAAUGUUUUUACAAUAGAAGUCCAAGAUUUUAUACCAUUUGUGCAGUGCAAAGCAAAAUUUCUUGCUCCUAGUUUUCAUGUUGAUGUUCCUGUGCAGUUUGAUGUAUACUUGAGAGCUGAUUGUCCUCAUCCUAUCAGGUUUUCUAAGCUCUGCAUCAGUUUCAAUAAUCAGGAUUACAACCAAUACUGUGUGGUAGAAGAAGCCUAUCAAAAAAGUGAUAUUCUAGAACAGUCAUCGCAAGGAACGAUGUGCUUAGUUCCUGGCAAAACAAGAAAGUUCACUUUCAAAUUUGUUGCAAAAACUGAAGAUGUAGGAAAAAAGGUUGAGAUCACCUCUGUGGAUUUGAUCCUGGGAAGUGAAUCUGGCCGAUGUGUGAUUCUGAACUGGCGUGGAGGAGGUGGAGAUGCUGCCUCAUCCCAAGAAGCAUUGCAGGCAGCACGUUCCUUCAGGCGAAGACCUAAGCUUCCAGAUAAUGAAGUGCACUGGGACAGUUUGGCUAUUCAGGCAAGCACUAUGAUUAUUUCUAGAGUGCCAAACAUUUCUGUUCAGCUCCGUCAUGAACCUCCUGCUCUGACUAAUGAAAUGUAUUGUUUGAUUGUGACAGUCCAGUCACAUGAGGAGACAGUGGCCAAAGAUGUUAAGCUUACAGCAGGUUUAAAGCCAGGGCAAGAUGCCAACCUGACUCAGAAAACUCAGGUGACUCUUCAUGGAACAGAUGCAUGUGAUGACUCCUUUCCUGCACUGCUUCCUGAUAUUCCUGUAGGAGACUUGCAACCAGGGGAAAAGGUGAAGGCUUAA